UUGUUUUUACAUUACCCGCUUUUCACGUGGGUCUAGUGAAAGUGUGCACUGUAGUGUGUGUAUAGUGUAUAUAGUAAUCUUAUAUAUGACCAUGGACGUCAUACACUCUUGUUUUAAGGCUCAGAUCGGUGAGGUCGUGUUACCUGGAGAUGUCUUCCGGUUCGAUGUGUCAUCUGUAGAGGAGGACAGCAGCGUGAAAGCUGAAAAGAUCAUCUGCGGACCGGGACUGCGGCGAAACGGAGACGAGAUCGUGGUGUUUAAAAGCGGCCUCCUCCGCCAUAAACAGCCCAAUCUGUACUGGAUCGAUUCCCAGCAGAAACGCUACGUUCCAGUUAAAGGCGAGGCCGUGAUUGGGAUAGUGACAGCGAAGUCUGGGGACAUCUUUAAAGUGGAUGUGGGAGGCAGUGAACAGGCCUCAUUGUCCUACCUAGCCUUUGAAGGAGCGACUAAAAGGAACAGACCCAAUGUGCAGGUGGGGGAUCUGGUGUAUGCCCAGUUUAUCAUCGCAAACAAAGACAUGGAGCCAGAGCUGGUGUGUAUAGACAGCUGUGGCCGGGCGAACGGGAUGGGAGUGUUUGGAGCAGAUGGGUUUCUCUUCAAGGUGUCUUUGGGAUUAGUGCGCAGGCUCCUUUCACCUCAGAGUGAGAUCGUGAAAGAUCUUGAGAAGCUCUUCCCUUUCGAGAUGGUGGUGGGUUUGAACGGCAGGGUGUGGGUAAAGGCGAAGACCGUUCAGCAGACACUGAUCGUGGCCAAUCUCCUGGAGAGCUGUGAGAACAUGACCCCGCAGCAGAGACAGGCUUUGUUCAAGAGAGUGGCAGAGGGCGCCCUCUAGUGCACAGUGCUGGUUUCCAUGGCGAUUCCUCAUGGACCCAUCAGCACAGGCCAAAUGUGGCUCACAGGAGAGUGUACAGUAUACGAGUAGGACUCUGGAUGGACUGCACUUCUGUACUGUCUGGGACGCAGGUGCAGCAGCUCACACAUUAUUUCUGUAUUAACAGAUUUUUUUUCUACUGGAGCCUUGUUUCAGUAUAUUUUUGUAUAAAUAAAUUUUUCUGUGAUGAAAUGAA